CAAGCGCAACCUUUAAUGUAAUUAAACCCAAACUCUCAUUUUGUCAGCUUCCGUGUUCAGCUCGGGCACCCCAUUGUCAUCUCCCUGCUCGAGCUCUCAUCUCCCUCCUCCUUCUCCACCGGCAAGCUCUCCCUCCUCCUUCUCCACCAGCAAGCACGCCCACUUUCGGGCUCUGUCUCUCCUCCCCAUAAAUACCCCCCUAAAUCCUCCAUAGAUUUUCCAAUAAACCAGAAUUUAAUCGAAGUUCGCUGCUGAAUUCGUAAGCUUGGAAGUUUGUUCGAAAAUUGCUUAAUUUUUGUUGAAAUCAAGUCAAAUUCUGACUUUUUGGUUCAUUUUUGCUCUCUUUCUCUCUCCUAAUUUUUCAAUUUCACAUUCAAAUUCCUUGAAAUUUGGUCAUAAACCCUAAUUUAAUGAAAUUAGAUCAAAUUGAUUUGCUUCUUUGGUUCGUUAGCUAUAUGUUUCAUCAAAACCUACUGCUAUCAAUCAUUAAUUUCUCGAGAAUUUCUCCAAUCGCAAUUACUGAUUUGCAUAAUUGAAUCAAACCAGAAAGUUUUGAGGAAUUGGACUAAGAGAACCAUUUUGAAGUUUUGACUAAUGGAACAUGUUUGGAGGUAGUGAUACUAAUCCUAUGCUUCCUAUUCACAUGGAUGGUGUCAGGUUGCCGUACAAUGCCAAUGUAGUGCCAUUGAUGCAAUUAGAUGCAACACCCUAGGUACCGUGAAUAAUAACCAAAUUGUGAAACGUGGAUACUAGUUAUGGGGGGAAAGAUAAGGAAAGGGAGCAUGGGACAAACAUGAGUUUUUGUCUUGUGGUUCUCAGCAAGGAAAUGAACGCUUUUAAAUCUAAAGAAACUGUGAAGCUUAUCGCAGAGGUUGAACAUAUUGCAGGAAAGAAGGGCACAUAACUUUAUAGGACUCUUGUUGAACUAAAAGGUGGUGAUUGGUUUCAUAAAGUGGUUGCUUGGGUUGGAGGUAGAAUUAUUACAACGGAACAUCAUCCAACGGGUAUAACUUCUGCUAUUUUGUUACUAUGUUCUAAGCCAAUAUUACAUCCAUAGAAAAAUAGAGGAUGCAAACUUAAUCCAAAAUGAUGUGGCAUCCAUCACUCUAUUAAUAACAAAAAAAAACAAUAUAUCAUUUUUUUAUUGUAAAAGCAAUAAUCAUUUCAAUUGAAGGAAAUUUGUGAUCCAUUUCUAGCUUAACCAACCUCAACUCUUUCUACAAUUGUGACUGAAUUAACAGGGUAUUAAAAUUACAAAUAUAGAAAACAUAACUUUAGUUGUGAUUCAUUGUAAUUUCUUUCAAUUACGUUGUCAAUGUGUAAUUUUUUUGUUGUAGCCGCUUAAUUUCGGUUGAAAGAAGAAAACUAGCGAAAUCUUUGCUUAAGACAACAAGGGGCCUAAACAAAAACAUUUUUUUGUUGUAGCCGCUUGGGUUCAUUUGUUGAUAUUUGGGAUCAAAAAUGCCAUUUUUGGCAAAAUAUGACCUAUAUCGAGGCAAAUGAGCCUUAGAUGUGCAUAAAGAACUUGAAAUGAGUUUCAUAAACAUAUAACUAAUCAUAUGAAUCAUGAAAAACGUUUAGAAUAUGGAAAUAGGUUCCUUUGUUGUUAGUUGGGAUCGAAAAUGCCAUUUUUGUCCAUAAAUGACCUAUAUCGACCCAAAUGACCCUUAGGGGUGCAUAACAAACUUGAAAUGAGAUUCAUAAACAUAUAACUAAUCAUAUGAAUCAUGAAAAACGUUUAGAAUAUGGAAAUAGGUUCAUUUGUUGGAAGUUGGGAUCGAAAAUGCCAUUUUUUUGCCAUAAAUGACCUAUGUCGACCCAAAUGACCCGUAGGCGUGCAUAACAAACUUGAAAUGAGUUUCAUAAUCAUAUAACUAACCAUAUGAAUCAUUGAAAAGGUUUUGAAUUUGAAUAUAAGUUUGUUUGUUGAUAGUUGGGAUAGAAAAUCCCAUUUUUGGCCAUAAAUGACAUAUAUCGACCCAAAUGACCAAUAGGCGUGCAUAACGAACUUGAAAUGAGUCUUAUAAUCAUUUGACUAAUCAUAUAAAUCAUGAAAAAGGGUUAAAAUGCGGAAAGAGGUUCGUUUGGUGGUAGUUGGGUUCGAAAAUGCCAUUUUUGGCCAUAUAUGACCUAUAUCGACUCAAAUGACCCAUAGGCGUGCAUAACGAACUAAAAAUGAGACUUAUAAACAUAUAAUUAAUCAUAUGAAUCAUGAAAAACGUUUAGAAUAUGGAAAUAGGUUCGUUUGUUGGUAGUUGGGAUCGAAAAUUCCAUUUUUGGCCAUAAAUGACCUAUAUCGACCCAAAUGACCCAUAGGCGUGCAAAACGAACUUAAAAUGAGUCUUAUUAACAUAUAAUUAAUUAUAUGAAUCAUGAAAAACGCUUAGAAUAUGGAGAUAGGUUCAUUUGUUGGUAGUUGGGAUCGAAAAUGCCAUUUUUGGCCAUAAAUGACCUAUAUCGACCCAAAUGACCAAUAGGCGUGCAUAACGAACUUGAAAUGAGUCUUAUAAUCAUCUGACUAAUCAUAUAAAUCAUGAAAGAGGGUUAGAAUGUGGAAAGAGGUUCGUUUUUUAUUAGUUGGGUUCAAAAAUGCCAUUUUUGGCCAUAAAUGACUUAUAUCGACCCAAAUGACCCAUAGGUGUAGACACCUACUUUUGUCCCCAUUCCCGAAAGGGAAAAGUUCGAUGAUGAAAACAUAAAUCUCCACUUGACAACGCAUCUCCUAUAAAAAUAACGAAUCUCAAUCACCUUCUCGUUUCACCCGAAACCUGCUAUUUAUAGAAACCUUCUAUUUAUGGAAACCUGCUUAAAAUAGUAACUGCCGUAAAGGGUAGCUUCUGAAAAUGGCAAGUCAUAAAAGAUAGACACCUGUCAGGAUUAGGUGUUGCACUCCAACAUAAAGCCUAAAUGAGAUAGAAAACUGCGAGAAUCCCAUGUUUCGGAAAUAAGAGUUACGUAUUAAUUAAAAUCCUAACGAGCCUAGAGUUCGUAACGGGCCCAGACGCAUUCCGUCAUGAAAUUGAUACGCACUAAAAGACUCGAUUAAGUCUCAAACUCUACGGAUUUCAGGAAUCCGAAUUUGACUAAGUAAACAGCCCAUACCCUAUUUUCAACGCCUGGCUCUGGGCGCCGAAAUCUUCGGCGCCCAGGCCUGGGCGCUGAAAAUACCUAGGUACGUGUUUUUUCCUAAUUCUUUGUGGAUUAGAACUCUGCAAUGCUAUCUUUCCACGAACUCUUCCCUAUAAAUACAGCCCCAAAUUCGACGUGAAAAGAACACACAAUUCAUAUUCUGAGUAUUGACUCCAACCCUUAGCCUAAGCCUCUCGCUGCGAAAUUGUUCACGCGUUCUGUCGCAAUCGAUCCAUAAAUCGAACAGAACGUAUCCCGUCCCAUAAUUUGAGAUUCGUUAAAUAAAAAGGAGAAAUAGCAAAGUCAAAGUGGUUAGUUUUCUGAGAACCGUGACGCACCUCUCAAGGGUGCGUCGUAAUGUGUCCCUUUUCGAUGAUUUAAUUGCUUUCCUCGCCCUUUUUAUGAACUGUUAAACUAACUAAAUCUGAUUGUUCUACCACGCCUAACAAAUAUAAUAUUUUUGGGAAAUUGGAUUAUCAUGCUAGGUCCCUUAAUGCUAUUUAAAUCAGAUAAUCGCGAUCGAUCUAGUAUUAUAUGUUGCAUAUUGCUAAAAUCAACUCAGAUUAGUUUAAUAGUUAACGCAUGUCCCUUCAAUUAUUUAUGCUGAGCUAGUAAGGAUGUCCUGCCUCUGGAGUUAUCGACGAGCGAGUACUCCUCUCGGUAGUUACAGUCCCCCAAACCCUCAAUCUCUACCUUGCGGGUGUAUGUUGAGAGAUCCCCACACCAGGGAUCACAAGAGAACCUACGGCCGUCGUGGUCAAACAUAAUUGUACUCCCUUUAUGUCACGAUAACCGGGUUUUGUCAGUUUUUCUCAUUGUCGUUAAAAACUGAAUGGCGACUCCUAUAUUACUAGUCAAUUGGGUGUAAACUCACAGGAAAUCCAAUUACACUUGAUUGAAUAAAAAGAAUCGUCACACCCACGAGGGACGAGGUCACGCAUUAGCCUCGUGCUUUUUCGACCCCCUCACAGUGGCGACUCCACUGGGGAUAGUGAAGGAAAUACUCGUGCUUGUAGGUAAUCAAAAUAGCCGAAGGGUGAAACGAUCCUACCCCGCGUUUAUUUCCCCAUCAAGUUGGGACGACCUGAAAAUCAGCAUAUUAAUGUGAACGGGCAGAACCGCAUAACGAAUCUCGGCUCCUUCGGGAGUUGGGACUAAGAAUACCUUUUUUCGUCAAUAGGGGGGUGCAUACGCCGCGCAUGUUGCCCACUCGGUACUUGUGCAGGUAGUACACCUAUCCCGAACCCAAUCGCUCGCUCAUUAGGUCCCUCUCGCCUGCAUGCCCCCUUGGCUUGCACUUGCGGGUUGGCCUCUUGAGCGAAAUUCGUCUGUUGAAGACACUACCUCGACCGGGGCAUGUGUUGGAUCUACGAUAGAAGCGGUAUCAAGCCAGGCGAAAAUAACUACCCAUAGAAGCCUAUCAUAAACUACAUGACAUGUUAUUAUCGCCUCAUGAUGAAUGUUAGUUAUGUGUAGCAAAAUAUGUGAUUGUGUGUGACAAACUAUCCUAGAAACCAACAACCUUAAAAAUUGCCCAAACAUUCAUAGACUAAUUUGCCAAAGAAUUAUACCGAAAUACGUGUUCCGCAAACCCGAACGAUCGCCACAAAAAUAAGCGACGCUCGGGAUGGCCUGUAACGAAUCCCACAAACGCUGCACAACGCGUAAAGGACGUUAUUAGGCAAGCACGCAAAAUCGAAGUUGCAUAAACAAAAGUAGACGUAAACAGAAAACGAGAAUCAGCCACGGACGCAUUUUCAACACCCCUGGCUGGGCGCCCGAAUUUCUCACGCCCCUCGCUGGGCGCCCGAAUUUCUCACGCCCCUCGCUGGGCGCUGAAGUUGCUGCUUGGCCUUCUGGUCAGGCGCAGCAGCCUCGGUGCCCGCGCAAAAGGAAAAUACGUAGCACAAAAAAUAUUCGUAAAAAGAAUUGCUACGAGGGCGUAAGAAAAGCACUCGAUUUCAAAAGCGACUCGUAAAAAAUUAAUAACUCUUUGCGUCGUUGUUAGGCCUCCUACGACGACAAUCCUCGGCACUAAAAACCGAACAUGCUAACAAUUAUGAAUGUCACACGGGCAAGGGUUUCGAAAAUCCAACGAAUGACCAAAAGAAAAAAAAACCAAAAAGUGUACCAACAAAAGAAAGAGUGAAAAACCAAUAGAGAGAGUCAAAGUCUAGACUAAAUAAUGCUUGAAACUUUGGGAACCUAAACUUUAGCUUAUCUUAUGCCUAGGACUGGUCCUGCCACUUGGUGCCGAUCAGGGAAUCAACGGUUAGUGCGUCUCGAAGAUACAUCGCCAAUAUCAGGUUUAGUGACUCCAAGCUCCGUCCGUCGUCCCUCAUUUCAAGGAUCUCCGCUUCCCAACCUCUAUUCGCACCUUCAAACAUGUCCAUCGAAGAUUUGCGAGACCAGAUGGUCCAAAUGACCCAACUUAUGGGCCAAUUGAAAAUGGAAAAUGAAGCUUUAGCUGCUGCGCAAGCCAAAAAUGACCUCGAUAACGAGAAGAGGAUUGAAAAAAUGGUCCUACAGCAAACCAUGGGGAUAAAAUACUUCUCCCUCGAUCCUGAACCUUUUUCCUGGCAAACUACCAGAAAAGUUCAGUUCAUCUGACUUACCAAAGUUCAAGGCCACGGACAAACCCCGUGAUCAUCUACUGAGCUUUGUGAAUGCCAUGAACUUGAAAGGCGUGGACAAGUCCAUGUAUUUACCUGCCUUUCCUUUGUCCUUGGAACCUGUGCCGCUCAAAUGGUACUAUCACCAGGACCCUACGCUCUUCCCCACUUGGGAAGACUUUGUCAAUGUCUUCAUCAAGCAAUACUCGUCGAACAUGGAUUUCCAAUUCACCAUGCGCGAGCUGGAAGUUCUCUUCCAAAAGAAAAAUGAGGGUUUCACGACCUACUUUGCUAGAUGGAGGGACCAGGCAGCCCAGCUAAUCAAUAGGCCUCCAGAAACAGAAUUGGUCCAAAAAUUCAUUGACAACCUGGACCCGGCUUACAGACAACACCUUAGGUACCUGGGACUUGACACUUUCAAAAGAGUUUAUGAUGUGGGAAUAAAGAUCGAGGACGACCUCGCCAAAACCAUACAAAGCAAACCCACAUAUAAAAACAACACCUAUAAUCGGGGUAACACAUCCCAAGCCCAAAAAGUCCAUGCUGUAGAAGAGACUCCCGCCCGAAGAAGCCAUGGAAGAUGGGUCCGAGACCGAAAGUUUGCCCCACUCGGGUCGACUUUGGUACAAACCUUUGAAAGACUAACCAAUCAAGGAAAGUUGAGACCUAUAGGCCCCACCCGUGACCCUCCUGUGAAGGGAAAAUAUUGGGUCGAAGGUACUUACUGCAAAUUCCAUCAAGGAAAUGGGCAUGACAUUGAAAACUGCUGGAAUCUAAAACAUACAAUCCAGGACAUGAUAGAGGAUGAAGUGAUACCUCUCCCUAACGUUGGCAAACCCAACAACAACAAGAGCCCACUCGGCUCUUGUCACAUCUCUCUCGACCAACCAGAGAACUUCGUCCCCACGGUGUACAUCACGCCUCAAGGUGCACCACUCGCUGUGGUCCCUAUAGAUCGAAUCGAGAGAGAAGUGUGCGGUGUAUGGGAUGAUGAUGCUGAAGAUAUUUACCUAUCUCAAGUGUCGGGCCAGGACCUCUUCACUGAAACUUGGCCCGGGUAUGCUCUCAUUGACACCACCCCUCAGGAGCCCAAGGUCGACAACCUCACCCGAUCCGGAAGAACAUACCAACCGGAUAUUCACCCACCUCCUAUGGACGACAUCCCAGUUAGGCAAACUCCCGAGAAUGGACGGCACGCCACCGUUGCAGAAGUCAUUGAAAAUCCUCUCUUGAAACAACUAAAAAGAACCAAGGCCGAGAUUACCAUCUGGGAUCUCAUGUGUACUUCAAAGGAAAAUCGCGAAAAGCUUAUUUGCUCACUCGACCUCAUCUCAGUACCUACAGAUAUCACACCUGACUCAUUGGUUAGCCAUGUCACGAGAGAUGCCGGAGAAAAGGCCAUAGUUUUCAAUGAUAAAGACUUGCCCAAAGAGGGGGGUGCUCACAAUAAAGCCCUUUAUCUAGUGGUUGGAUGCAAAGGACAAAACAUCCCCCUAGCGCUCGUAGAUAAUGGUUCGGCGGUUAAUGUCUGCCCAUUGCAAACCGCCCAUUGCUUAGGGCUAGGAAACGAUGACUUCCAAACCUCCAUGCAAGGGGUACGAGCUUAUGAUAACUCCCCAAGGCUUGUAUUGGGAAAAAUCAACCUUACCAUACAAACCGGGCCUGUGGCACGCACCACGGAGUUUCAAAUAAUCGACAUCAAGCCCACUUUCAAUCUCCUAUUGGGGCGACCCUGGCUCCAUGACUUAGGAGGUGUGGCUUCUACCCUGCACCAAAUGGUUAAACUUAACCAUAAUGGGGUAAUACUAGAAAUCCGCGCCCCUCCUCUCGACAUCAGUUGUACUAUGGUUGGAACGGCCGAAACUGCAGACGACCUUUAUGGGUUUCAAAUGAAAGAAGCAAUCCAGUUCAUUGAAGACUAUGAUCCAGCAUUCCUAGACCCGCAUGCAUCCCGGGUCAUCCCUAGAAUGCUGCUAGCUCAAGGUUAUUUCCCAGGAACCCCAUUGGGCAUAAGGAAGAAAAAUGCACAUUCCAUCCUUUUCCCAACAAAUCUACUCCCUUUGGCUUAGGCUAUGAACCAACGGAGGAAGAUAUUGCUAACCGCCUGUCUGGGCUACGCCUUAACAAAGCCAAACAAACCACCCUCCUUCCCCGUAUCAAAGGACCCUUAACGGGAUGUUCGUUCGGGAAGGAGAAGAACACCCAUGCUGUGAUUUCCCUGAACCCUUCGUUCAGGAUGGCUUGCUAAAACCCGGAUUUGAAAUUUUCCAUGACUGCCACACCUUGGAUGAGGCACCCCACCUCACCAAGACUAAAACAGCUGAAAUAUUGGACAACCAGGCUCUAUGGACAUUGUUUAACGAAUCGAGGCCUAUGGAGAACGAGACUGUGAUGACUACCCUAACUUUACAAGAUGAAGGUUUCGAUCCAACCCGGUUAAUCUCUCCUGCAUCAACACUAGAAGAGGUCGAGAACGGAUGGGUGAAGACAUAUCAGUGGGUCAAUGCAAAAGGAAUAGAAUUCAAGAUGAGUACCGGUAAAGGACCAACAUUUUACGAGACUAAACCCAAGGCUUGAGCCACAUAGAGCACCUUGAUAAAAAGUGCCUAGUAGUUCUUUAGAUUGGUAGAAAAAUAAUAAAGACUUUAGAUGGUCCUAAGACCCCUUAGAAUAUAGGUCAAGUUUAUUUCAGUGUGUUUUCCUUACUUUCCAAAUUAAUAAAGGCGUAAUAUUCCUAAAAAAAAAAAACUUUAUUUCUAACACUAAAAGAGCACCAAACGUACUUGCAAAGAGGCGGCCUACUCUAGGCCCAAUAAAACAAGGCCCACUCGGUCUUGAAUCGUGACAUCGAAAUUCAUCAAACCCCAAAAUCGAACCACAUUAUCAUAUUACCAAAACAUGAGGGUCUAACCCACGCAACCCAAAGAAAUCAAAAGGAAAUCAAAUUCAAAUAAUACAAAGGUUGCUCGAGAAAAAACUCAUAAAAAAUAGAGACCGCCUCCCGCAUCAACACGCACCUCAAUCCACCCAAAAAGCCUACACAAAGAUCUUCAUGUCUUCCACACCCUAACUCCAUUUUCAAAGCCGUUUCGAGUCACGGAUAGGAAAAAUUAAUCCGGACAAAAAUGCAUCUCACGCUAACAGUCAAAAAAGCCUCCGAAAUAGCCUCAAAAUCAAUUUUUAUACAAGUACAAAAGGCAUAGCACUAAAACGAAAAAAAAAGAAAUAAAUGCAAGAACACGUGAAGCAAAGCGUCAAAAACGACCGCCCAAGUCAUUUUCAGCGCCCAGGGCUGGGCGCCGAAAUCUUUGACGCCCCAGCCUGGGCGUUGAAACUCUCUGCCUGCCUAAAUUUUUUAGAAGUGCUCGUCAUUUUAUCCGCACAUAACGGAAAAAUAACGAACACUUGGGGGGUA